GAGGGACCACGAACCAAUCAAAAAGACUUUGGGCACAUGAAAAUCACUCCUUUACCUCGUGGUUUAAUCUUGUAUACCCACACCACAUUUCGCCCACACAUCUCACAUCUUGAUUCUCCCAUGGCCAACGCCAACGCCAACGCCGCGCCUCUGCUUGAAAGAGUUGCAAUUACAAGACCCAUCGAUGCAGUGUUGGACGCUGCAAUUUGCUUCCUCCUGAUUUCCUUGCUCGCCUAUCGUCUCCUAUUCUUCUAUAACCAUGGCUUCUCUUUCCUUCACGCCGCCGCCUUCCUCUGCGAAGCCUGGUUCACCCUCACCUCCCUCCUCCACGUCUCCAUCAAAUUCAACCCCGUCCGUUUCACAACUUAUCCCCACCGCCUACGUCUCCUCAAACGGGUAGAGGAGCUUCCUCGGGUGGACGUAUUUGUUACGACCGCAGAUCCGACGUUGGAACCGCCGAUAAUCACCGUCAACACGGUGCUGUCUGUGUUGGCGUUGGAUUAUCCGGCCAACAAAUUGGCUUGCUAUGUCUCCGACGAUGCCUGUUCUCCCCUGACCUUCUAUUCCCUCACGCAAGCUCUCAAAUUCGCUCAAAUUUGGGUUCCCUUUUGCCGCAAGUAUGGGGUUCAGGUCCGAGCGCCGUUCCGGUACUUCUCCGGUAGUUGUUCAACCGACGACGGUGAGUCGGCAGAGUUCCGGCGAGAGUGGAAGGAGAUGAAGGUGGAGUACGAGAAGCUACGUAGCAUGAUUGAGGAGACAGGUCAAUUUCAAACAUUUGACCCACGUGACCUUGUCAGGGGUGGGGACUAUGCAAAUUUCUCCGCUACGGACUCCAAGAACCAUGCUCCAAUUGUCAAGAUACUAUGGGAGAACAAAGAAGGCCACGAGGAUGGAGUUCCACACUUAGUUUACGUAUCAAGAGAGAAGAGACCUAAAUAUUCACACCAUUUCAAGGCUGGUGCCAUGAACGUUUUGACUAGAGUCUCUGGAUUAAUGACAAAUGCUCCAUACAUAUUGAACCUAGAUUGUGAUGUGUUUGUGAACGACUCCAAUGCAAUUCUUCAGGCAAUUUGUACACUCAUUGACCCGAAAAGUGAUCAAGAAGUUGCAUUCGUUCAAUUUCCCCAACAUUUCUAUGGUGGAUCAAAACAUGACUUAUAUGGAAAUCAUUUCAUCGUCUUCAGGGAGAACAGGGUGUAUUCAUAGACGAAAAGUCUUAUAUGGUCAAUUACCAAAUCAACCUAAUAUUAAUGGAAAACUUUCAGAAACCAAAUUAUUUAAAAAAUUUGGAAACUCCGAACACUUCAUCAAAUCAGCUACUUCUGCUUUGAUGGGCGCCGCAGACGGCUAUCCAAACUCUCUCCAAUACCCAGUUGAAGCCUUAAACAAAGUCGCGGGGUGUGGUUACGAGUAUGAUUCUUGUUGGGGUGUUGAGGUGGGGUUGUACUACGGUUCCGCGACCGAGGACAUUUUUACAGGGAUGAUGAUCCAGAGCAGGGGUUGGAAAUCCAUUUACCUCAACCCAAACCCACCCGCCUUCCUCGGGUGUGCGCCCACGAACGGCCCGGCCACGUUCACCCAACAAAAGAGAUGGAUGACAGGCUUUCUUGAAAUCUUCUUCAGCAAAAAUUGUCCCAUUUUUGCUACUCUCUUUGGCAAACUUCACCCCAGGCUAUGUAUGUUCUACGUUUGGAUCUACCUCUGGGGAAUCAGUUCUAUUCCAGAGCUUUGCUAUGCCGCUUUGCCCGCUUAUUGUCUCAUCACCAACUCUCACUUCUUACCCAAGCUACAAGAGCGUGAAAUAUUCAUACCCUUUUUGCUCUUCGUCCUCUACAACUUCCAACAAGUGUUGCUAUACUUGAAAAGUGGAAAAUCGAUUAGAGCUUAUUGGAACAACCAGAGAAUGGCGAGAAUAAACACAAUGUGCGCGUAUUUAUUUAGUGUUGUGGGUAUUGUGCUUAAGUUUUUAGGAUUAUCAGAAACGAUGUUUGAAGUAACAAAAAAGGAGUCGUCUUCUUCUAGUGAUGAUGGUGGUGAGAUUGAUGAGGAUUCAGGUCCGUUCACAUUCGACGAGUCGUCCUUGUUUGUGCCGGGCACGACAGUUUUGAUGAUGCAAUUGACGGCAUUGUUUAUGAGUAUUUGGAGACGGCCGGCCAAGCCCGACGGAGUGGGGGAAGUGAUGUGUAGUGUGUGGUUGAUUUUUUGCUUCUGGCCAUUCUUGAAGGGGAUGUUUGGGAAGGGAAGAUUUGGGAUACCGUUUUCCACCAUGUGCAAGUCUAGUGCUUUAACAAUGUUGUUUGUAUACUUGUCUGAAAAGACAAUUAUGUAGGACAAACACAACUUGUGUCUGUAUUUGUUGUCCAAUUUGUCUUUCUGCUUUAAUUAAAAUGUUUGAACUAGCAGCUCCGCUUUCUAGUUAUUGUAAUGUGAUUUUUGAUUAAUUAGUAUCAUUGAGAGAUAUUGAUGUUUUUAUUAGUUCAUCA